AAAAAAAUCAAACGAAAAAAAAUUGUUGAAGAGGUUGGAUCGCUGCUGUCCGGUCCCGGAAAUUUUCAGCGACUCGCGUACGGAAAAGAUUCGAGUGUGUCGGAAAGUGGUUCUAUUCGCUUAAAAACCUAUUGAGCCUGGUGAAUGGUUGGCAAGUACGUUUCGCAUACACAAAGGCAAUCGAGUGCUUGAACCUGGCCAAUAGAAUCUUUCGAGUGGAACCAAAACGAGCAACAAAAAAUAAAAAAUAGAGGCAGCGAUGUCCACCGCCGUUGAAACGGGGUCGUCGCCUGCCAAAAGCAACAACAAUAGCAGCGGCGGCGGCGGCGGCAGCAACAGCGGCAACGGCAAUCCCAGUCCAAAUGCGAAAGGCGUGCAGCGGCGUCAACUGCGGGAGAGGAAGCAGCGCAAGCUCUACCUGGAGGAAUGGUCACUGGGUGACGAGGAUGGCGAGGGAACGCGGGGCUUCAGCGUCGCCGAGAAGCUUGAAUCUUCAAAAUUCGCGCAAGCGGGAAUGGUGCGAGAGAUGCGCGGAUGCGAUCUCACCGUCGCUUUCCUACAGCAGCACGGCUUUAACAUCCCCUUGUUGUUCCGGGACAAGGCUGGAUUGGGUCUAAGGAUGCCUGAUCCCCAGGAGUUUUCCGUAAACGAUGUGCGGCUUUGCGUCGGAUCCAGGAGACUCCUCGACGUCAUGGACGUGAAUACGCAGAAGAACCUGCAGAUGACAAUGAAGGAGUGGCAGCAGUACUACGACAGUCCGCAAAAGGAUCGCCUGCUAAAUGUGAUUUCGCUGGAAUUCUCGCACACCCGCCUGGACAGGUUCGUCCAGAGUCCGGAGAUAGUGCGCCAGAUCGAUUGGGUGGAUGUGGUUUGGCCCAAGCAGCUAAAGGACGCCCAGCGGGAGGGCACCAACCUGCUGGGCGGCAUGAUGUACCCAAAGGUGCAGAAGUACUGCCUGAUGUCGGUGAAAAACUGCUACACGGACUUUCACAUUGACUUCGGCGGGACUUCCGUUUGGUAUCAUAUCUUGAGAGGGAGCAAAGUGUUCUGGCUCAUUCCCCCCACGGACCGCAAUCUUCAGUUGUACGAAAAGUGGGUGCUUUCGGGCAAACAGGCGGAUGUCUUCUUUGGCGAUACGGUGGAGAAGUGUGCUCGGGUUUAUCUGACAGCAGGAAACACCUUCUUCAUACCCACGGGAUGGAUACAUGCUGUCUACACGCCCACUCAAUCCCUUGUAUUCGGGGGCAAUUUCUUGCACUCCUUUGGCAUCGUCAAGCAACUGAAGACAGCCAGUGUGGAGGACAGCACGAAGGUGCCCCAGAAGUUCCGCUACCCCUUCUUCACGGAGAUGCUGUGGUACGUUCUCGCCCGCUACGUCCACACGCUCCUGGGACACUCCCACCUGGAGGGUGAGCCCUCGCUGAGCGAGGAGGAAAUGGCCGCCCGGCCGCACACCCACCUUACGCACCACGAGCUCUUCGGACUCAAGGAGAUCGUGAUGUACUUGUACGACCUGCCUCCGCAGAAGAAGAAUGUGCCCAGCUUGGUUCUGGAUCCCGUGGCCCUGAUCAAAGACGUUCGAUCUUUGGUGGAGCGGCACUGCAAGGACCAACAAGAUCUCGCCGUCACAGGUGUAUCUGUGUUAAAAUCCCCACCUGGCUCGCAGCCGCCCUUCUUGCUGUACGAUCGCACGAGGGUGAAGCAAGAGAUUAAACAGGAAAUAGCGCGCAAGAACGCUGAGGUUAUACGGGAGCAACAGCAACUGGAGGCGGGAAGGGCCAGGGAGGCUGAAUCGGACACGUCUCAAUCCACUGGGGUGGGAGUAGCCAUCGCUAUGGGAGUUGGCAUCGAGUACAGCAAUGGGGUGAUGAAGAAAGAGCAGUUGGAAAACGGGAGCGCAGCAUCAAUUACUGGCCACGGAUCGCAGCCAGAGGCCACUUUUGUCUUGCCUACGGAUACUCUUAAGUACCGCCCACCCAAGAAGAUGCAUUUGGCCACCGCCUUGGUGGCAGCCGCUGCGAGCAGCAGCAGCGGCAACGGUGGAGGAUUGGCGGGAUCGCUUGGAUCGACAGUUGUGGGCAGCAGUCACAGCCCCACUGGUGGAGGAGUAGGACCUGGCCCAGGAGCAGGCGGUGCGAUCAGUGUGAUCGCCACCAGCUCCAGCUACAGUGAAGGAGGAGCAGUCGCAGGAAUUCCCAGCAUGGACAAUUGCCAUUCGCCAGGAGACGGUGGGGCCAAACUGUCGCCGAAUCUGACUGGUACCGGGCAACCGCGUCGUCGGAGAACGCGAUGCAAAAACUGCGCCGCCUGCCAGCGCUCCGACUGCGGCACCUGCCCCUUCUGCAUGGACAUGGUCAAGUUCGGUGGUCCGGGUCGUGCCAAGCAGACUUGCAUGAUGCGACAGUGCCUGUCGCCUAUGCUGCCCGUGACCGCGCAAUGUGUGUACUGCCACCUGGAUGGCUGGCGCCAGACACCAGUCUCGCCACAGACCAAGCAACUGGCCUCCGCCGACGGGCCCUCUGCGCUGAUGGAGUGCUCCGUGUGCUACGAGAUCGCCCACCCGGAUUGUGCGCUCUCCCAGCUGGACGGCACAGAGGAUGCGGCGGAUGCCAAGGGCAUCGUUAACGAGGAUCUGCCCAAUAGCUGGGAGUGUCCCAGCUGUUGUCGCUCCGGGAAGAACUACGAUUACAAGCCCCGUCAUUUUCGCGCCCGCCAGAAGUCCUCGGAAGUGCGACGCGUUUCCGUUUCGCAUGGACCAGGUGUGGCAAGCGAAGGCCACUCGGAGGGAAAUCCACUGCUGCCGCCCCCGGUGGGCCAGUACAAUGACUUUGUCUUUACCAGUGAGUCGGAGAUGGAAACUGGAACUGCCAGCACCCACAUGACGCACUGGAAGCACGGCUUGAAGCGCCACCAUCAGCUGGAGGUCAAAACGGAGCGGAACAACAGCUGCGACACCCCAUCACCGGGAAUCUCCCCCAAUGCCGUCGAGUCGAAGAUAGGAAAGCGGCGCAAGAGCGACGAUGGAACCAGUGUUAGCAGCAGCAUGCACGAGAGUAACGACGCACCAUGUGGUUCCUCGGCGGAGGGAGCCGGGGGAGGAAUAACCGCCAAUGUGUCCACCAAUCAGUGGGGCAACAGUAGCGGAGGCGGUGGUUCCCGCAAGAAGAACUCCAUUCGGUCGCAGCUGGCCCAGCAAAUGCUGAACUCGUCCACUCGAGUGCUCAAGAAACCGCAGUAUGUGGUGCGACCAGCUGGUGGAACCGGAUCCUCGUCAUCCAGUGGCAAUGGAGGCAGCACAUCGGCCACCAAUGGAAUCAGCAAUGGAAGCAACCAAAGUGGAGCCAACUCCAAUGGGGGUGGAAACGGCGAGCGAGGAAUCAAUAACGGAGGCCUGAGCGGCUCGAAUGGACUGGGCAAUCAGCACCACAGUUCUUCCCAGAACCUGGCCUUGGAUCCCACCGUUCUGAAGAUCAUUUUCCGAUACCUGCCGCAGGACACGCUGGUCACUUGCUGCUCGGUGUGCAAGGUUUGGUCCAACGCUGCCGUUGAUCCCGAUUUGUGGAAGAAAAUGAAUUGCUCUGAGCACAAAAUGUCCGCGUCGCUUUUGACGGCGAUUGUGCGCCGGCAGCCGGAGCACUUAAUCUUGGACUGGACCCAGAUUGCCAAGCGGCAGUUGGCGUGGCUGGUUUCCCGCCUUCCGGCGCUCAAGAAUCUCUCGUUGCAAAACUGCCCCAUACAGGCGGUGCUGGCGCUGCACACCUGCAGCUGCCCACCGCUUCAAACGUUGGAUUUAAGCUUUGUGCGGGGAUUGAACGAUGCUGCCGUGAGGGACAUCCUCUCGCCACCAAAGGAUUCUCGACCCGGCUUAAGCGACUCGAAGACGCGACUGAGGGAUCUCAAAGUGCUCAAGCUGGCGGGAACGGAUAUCUCCGAUGUGGCUGUGCGAUACAUCACCCAGUCGCUGCCGCACUUGCGGCACUUGGAUCUCUCCUCCUGCCAGCGGAUCACGGAUGCGGGCGUGGCGCAAAUAGGCACCUCCACCACAGCUAUCGCCAGUCUGACCGAGCUGAAUCUGAGCGCCUGCAGGCUCGUGUCCGAGAACGCUUUAGAGCACCUGGCCAAGUGCGAUGGGCUCAUCUGGCUGGAUCUGCGUCAUGUUCCACAAGUGAGCACCCAGUCGGUGAUCCGCUUCGCAAGCAACUCCAAGCACGACUUGUGCGUCAGAGACAUUAAGCUGGUGGAGCGGAGGAGGAGGAACUCGACGACAAUGGCCAGAAGCUGGCACCACGACUGAGCAACAGGCGGCUGGAGAAGGCCCCAUAAAUCUUAAUAUAUGCAUUAGAGCAGCACUCUUUCUAAGCCCCGAUCCUCAUCCCCCCAAGUCCCAAAUCCCUCGCCGGAAUGCAAGCCAAAGAGAGUCGCCGGUCCCUUUGCACUGCGUGUGUGUGUGUUUCAAGUAGCUAAGCUAGUCAGGAUUUUGUUCCGGUCCGAUUGUCCGUUUUUCUGUGCAGUGUUUGCUUCUUGAAGGUCACUGAUGAGGAUGUUUGGCAGCAUCCGAAAUAUGCAGAUAUAGGCGAACUCGCUAUCUGACCAGCCCAUUAUGUUGUCCUAUCCAAAUUUCUUCAUUAAUAAUUUCACAUUUGUAUUUAUUUUGUAACUACAAGAAAAUUAUUCAACAGGCAAGUUCAAAGGAAAAUCAAUUUGGAGAUGUCUGAAUCUCAAACAUUACUUUACCCAAGAACAAUUUUCACUGUUGAAAUUGUUAUUUCAUAAGCUGGGAAAAAUUGCAAUAUAUUUGUUUUUGCUCCGUUGAUUUUCUCACAUUCUCGAACCAUUUCGCCAGUGCGACGGGCUGAGCUUCGGCUUUUCCGAAGAUGGAUGGUAGUCAUCCUCCGCGACCCCGUUUAUACACCUAGACACCACCCUCUCACUUGGACUUAGCGUAGUGAUUAAGGUUAGCAUUCCCGCGACGGUAAUUACAUUUAAUCAGUGUCAUAUAUUUAAGUAAGCAGGAAGCGUUAGAAAUUAGAGAGCAGCACUAGGUGCACACCCAUUCAGCUUGAAUAGAAUGCAGCUCGCACAGGAAGUAAGAAUCACAUGCAGCGGCUUUUGGGACUGUAAGAGAAGUGCAACCAACUGAUACACCCGAUUUUACUUGAUUAUCAAAAAUCCCUUCGAAGCUUUUCCAUAUUUUGCCUUAAUCGAUGCAAUUAAACCUCUAGCGUUGCGCUACCGGUCUUACAGUUCUGGUUCCCACUGCACCAGUGCCGCACAUAGUCCAUAAGUGAACCUGCCAAGCUCCCUAAGAACCCGGCCCUUACCUCCCACUCCAGUAGCAACUAAAAUAGUGAUAACAUUGCUAAAAUAUAUAUUUGAGAGUAUGUAAGAAUCAUACAAGUACGCGCAUACUUAUAUUUAAUGUUUUACAGAACUACAUUACAAAUAUAGAAUAAUGUUUCAAGAA